AAUAAAUACAUCGCUUCUUCUUCAGCAUUCUCUCUCCAACGCCAGAGCUACCAAUCACUUAGACUUGCAAUUUUAAUCUGUCCCCGGGAAUUGAUUUCACAGCCUUGGUUCAUAAUCUUUGACAGAUAAACAAGGAUGUCAGGUGAAACUAGAAAGGUACAUAAAAGGAGGAAUGCCAAUUCUGUGGAUAACCCAAGGCAAUUCAGUCAAGGAAUAGUUCAUGAUGAAGUAAUUACAGAUAUGGAUAAUCAGGAUGACGAUAUGGAGCAAGAAAACAACGCUGCUAAAGAUACUGAAAAAGAAGAUACAGUUGAGGCAGCAAGAGCAAAAAAGAACAAAAGAGGCCCAACAAAAAUGAAAAGGCUUGCUAGGGAUCCUGCAGAGCGAAUUCAGGUACAAUUUACUGAUUCAGGUGAACCAUAUGGACAAGGAUCGGUGCAAUUGUCAUCAUUCUUGGGUCCACUUGUACGUGAGCAUGUACCCGUGACACUUGAUGAUUGGCGGUACCUUGGUGAUGAUCUGAAAGUUGUUUUAUGGGAAGAUUUGUAUUAGAAGAAGAAUGACAAAAGCAUGACAUAUUUCAAUCGAUGGGGGUGUCUUUGGAGGGCUUCAAAAUCAGGACUUGUUUCCAAAAUCCGAGCAGCAAAGAAGAAAGAACAAAGGCUUAAGCUUAAACCAGAUAACGUACCUUCUGUAGCAGUUUGGUGGAGAUUUAUAAAGACAAAAACAAGUGCAUUUAAGGCCAAAAAUGAAAAGUCCAAGGCAAUGAGGUGUAAGCAAAUGCAACACACGACUAGUCGCAAAGGAAUGGUUCGAUUAGCUAUUGAUAUGGAAAGAAAAAGUUCAAAUCCGUUUACUAUAUCAAGGGUUAAAGUUUGGAUCAAAGGUCACACAAAAAAGGAUGGUACACCAGUGAAUUCUGUUGUUGGUGAAAUAAUUGAUAAGUUGAAUAUGAUUGAAAUUGUAGCUCUUUCAUCUUCAUUAACUAAUGUGAGAGAAGAUGCUCUUUCUGAAGUAUUAGGAAAAGAUAAACCCGGGCGGUUCAGAGCAAUGGGAAGGGGAGUUACUAUCAGUACAGUAUCAUUCUUACAAGCUAGAGAUAAACAUGUGGUCCAAUUAAAAGAGGAAAAUGCUGAGUUUCGUAACAGGAUUAACCAGUUGGAGACUCUAGUAAGUCAACUAGUUGGGAACCGGCGAGAUGAGACAAUUGAGCAUGCUGAUAAAGCUGAUAAGAGCAGUGCCACGGGUGUGACUAGUAAACCAGAUAAUAAGUGCAAUCUAUUAGAUUGGUGCGGAUCAGAUGAUGUUGUAGCUCAAGGCCAUUGGUUUUCUAGUGACCCAAAAUAUCUUGUAAAUCAUGUUCCUCUUGGACCUAAUGCAAUGAAAGUGGUGAUUGACAUUCCAAGCGUACCUGAUGCUUUUCUUUGGUGGCCUACAUGUGAUAUGUUGUGCAUGAAGCAAGCUCAAGGCAAGACAAUAGCAUGGCCUGCUGAUAAGGUGGUGUUCCAGACAAGUCAAGAUUAUGACGAUGAAGAUAAUAUGUCCACACAUUCGGGUACAAAUAUGAAUCAUAGCAGGUGCAAGAUCUUAGAUUGGACUGGAGAAGAUGAAAUUGUUGCUCAUGGUCGGUGUGUAUCUAGUGAUAAAAAAAUGUUUGUGAACGGUAUUCCACUAGGGCCAAAAGCCAUGAUUGUUUGGGUUGAUGGCAUGGCAAGACCCGAAUCCUUUUUGUGGAGACCUACACUAGAGAUGACAUCAAUCAAAGAUGUUAUUGGAUCUAAAAUUGCAUGGCCUAGUGAUAGGAUAGUAUUAGAAAAUCCUCCCAGUAAUGAUGAGUCUCUAAAAUCAUCAUCUGCAAAGAGUGUAAACAAUUCAAUGAAGAAGUGCAAAUUGUUAGAUAUUGGAGGUUCAAGUAGCAUUGUUGCUGAAGGACAUUGGUCUUCAACUGAUCCAAAUGAGCUUGUACAUUUUGUUCCUUUGGGUCCUAACGCUGUGAGAGUGUGGGUUGAUAUACCUAGGAUCUCGACUGCGUUUCUUUGGAGGCCAACAUGUGAGUUGGAAUAUAUUGAAGAUGUUGUUGGAACAACAAUAGCUUGGCCAUCUGAUAGAGUCAUUAUGCUUUAAAAUGCAGUUGGGACGACUGGCAUAGUAUGUUGAAGAAGACGUACGAUCUACCAAUCAAUACAUCUUAAAUGAAAUGAAGUUACUUGUUUUCGUUUUUGCAUAUUUAGUCUUAGUACUUUGAGAUAUUGUAUCCAUUGAAAGAUUGAAAGACUAGUUGUGUGUUUCUGGCAGUACGUACAAUGAAUUGAAUAUGUUUGUAUUUUAUCAUUUUCUACAUUUUAAUGAAUAUUUCUUAUUUUGUUGGUUCUAAAA